AGGGCAUGCCAUAGUAGCAUCAUUCCAGCAAUAGCGGCAUGUCGAUCAUCUUGAGUUAAGUCCCGGCAAAGGUUCUUGUGAUUUCUAUAUCAUCAUCAAUAACAACAACUACCUACCUACCUACCUAUCAAACAGCAAGAACCAACUUCCGCAUAUAUCGAUCAUCUUCCAUCUCAAUUCAAAAUGAAGUUCACCACCGCCUUCGCCGUCCUCUCCACCGCGGCUCUCUCCACUGCAACCUCCGUGCGCUACGACGCCGGCUACGACGAUGCCUCGCGCAGUAUGACCGCCGUGGCCUGCUCCGACGGCGCCAACGGCCUCAUCACCCGCUACGGCUGGCAAACUCAAGGACAAAUCCCACGCUUCCCCUACAUCGGCUCCUCGGACUCGAUCGCCGGCUACAACAGCGGCAACUGCGGCCAGUGUCUCAGCGUGUCAUACGGCGGCAAGACGAUUUACGUCGUGGCCAUAGACCAUGCGGAUAACGGACUCGUGCUCUCGACUGCGGCGUUGAACGAUUUGACGAAUGGCAAUGCGGUCAAUUUCGGAGUCGUCGAUGCGAGCGUUCAGCCGGUGGAUGUCAGCAACUGCGGAUUGACCCCUGCGAAGAGGUUCUUCCGCGCUUAGAGGGCGAUGGUUUGGAGAGGAAGCGGAUGAUGGAGAGGGAUGACCUAACGUAAUGAUAAUGCUAAUUCCGAAGACGAAACGGAUUUAUGAAUGGAACGUUUCGUUUCAGUUAUCUAGUCCAAGUGACUGGUGAUCAAUUUCCUUUUCGUUUCCCCACCAAACAUA